ACUUUCACUAACAGUGGGAAAAAUGGUGUCAAAUAGCAAGUUUAGACAACAAAAACCAGCUAAAAAUGUUUGGAAAUUAUUAUAUAAUAAAUUGUUUCGCGAAAUACUAGUUCCGCUGUUUUUAAUGAUAACUACACCUAAUCUAACAAUACUGUUGUCGUAUAUUAUAUUAAAGCAAAACAAACCAUUAACUGAGGCAUUGAUCUAUGACUUUCCAACUACUAUACAAAAUGCUUGGCUAACUGUCCAUUGGUUUGAUUUGCAGUGUUGGACAGCUAUCGGAUUAUUACUGGGUUGGGGUCUCAUAUCAUUACAUUUACCGGCAAAACCAUACAAUGGACCGAUCACUUCAAAUGGGUUUACACCCAAAUAUUGGCACACUGGUUUUAGAUUUUACUUAAUAUCAAUGGCAAUAACAGUGCCAUUACUCUACAUCUAUAGAGUAUCACAUUUAUUUGAUAAACUCUAUGAUUUUACCGGCAAUUUAAUUGUGUUUGGUUUUAUAGUUUGUUUAUUUCUAUACAUUAAAGGACUAUUAUGGCCAUCAAAAGGCUUACAUAAUCGGACAGGAAAUCCCAUAUUUGACUACUACUGGGGUAUAGAACUAUACCCGCAUCUGUCGGCUAGGAUUAGCCUAAAAAUUUUGAUAAUAUGCCGAUUCGGGCUAAUACUCUGGCAAUACAUUGUACUAUUGUGUUGGAAAUCCAAUUACGAGUCACUAGCAAAUGGACAGUUCAAUUAUGCACUGACAGCUUCUACUAUAUUGCAAUCAAUUUACCUGGCUAAAUUUUUCUACUGGGAGGACGGCUAUAUGAACACAAUUGACACAUCAGUCGACCGGUUCGGUUAUAUGGUGUGCUGGGGUUGUAUAGCCUAUGUACCCGGUUUUUAUCCGAUAACCAGUCUAUAUUUAUCGGUUCAGCCAUUGAACCCGAACUAUACGUUUCAAGUGUUUCUGUUGAAUCUAUUGUGCGGUAUUGCCGUUAUUGGUCUCAACUAUUGGUCUGAUCAACAAAAACUAGUAUUUCGGGCCACAAACGGCAAAUGUAUUAUCUGGGGAAAGCCAGCCAAGCUUAUCCGUGCCGAAUACGAGGACGACUUUGGGAAAGUUAGAAAAAGUAUUCUAUUGACGUCCGGUUUCUGGGGCCUAACCCGACACAUAAACUAUACGUUCGAACUAAUGUCGACAUUCCUCUGGUGUAUACCAUCACUGUUCAAUAGUCCCGUUCCCUAUCUCUAUCUACUGUUUCUAACUGUACUACUGAUUCAUCGUAGUGUACGCGACGAUAAUAAAUGUGCCAAAAAAUAUGGCAAAUAUUGGCAACAAUACAAAGGGGUUGUCAAAUAUCAGAUGAUACCCUAUGUUUAUUAA